AUGGUUUCCAAAGUCGCAUCUAUCUUGGCUCUUGCCACUGCUGUCUUAGCUCAUCCUCAACGACACCAUCGCUUUCACUAUGGUACCGGUACCGGAGGGGGCUUUGGCUUUGCUAAGCCUACCGGUGCUACAUUCCCCAAUGGUACGGCUCAGACCAACGGUACAGACUUCGGUGGUUCCCCUGUUGAGUCUCCCGUCAUGCCUGUCAAGACUGUCACAGUCAUCCCGAUCCCUCUUGAAUCGUCUACUGGCGAUGCUGCCGACGAUUUCUCAAGCUUAUCUGUUGCCAACGCAUCCGAUACCACAGUAACUCCAGCUGGAGGAAGUAGCACCUCUUGUAGUAUCAGCACGACUUCCACUAUCACCACCACCUCCGUCCAAUUCGUCACGGUCACAGCAGGUGCAAAUCUUGCCGAGUCAGGAGAUUCGGGAGAGAAUGUUACCAUUCCAUCGGGAUCUGCCUUAUCUUCUGAUGCCUCCAGCAGCAGCCCCGAAGAUCUCUCUGAUUCGACCUCGGUCAGCCUUGUUGGAGGAACCCCUACCGCUGGAGCUUUCUUCGGAAGACCUUCGACCAGAGCCGGGUCGUCUGGACCCGCUUUCCAGCCAUCAAGCGUAGUUGAGUCAGCCACGCCGACCACUUUCGCGACCAUCGCUGGCUCACCCCCUGCUUCAAGCAGCGAUGCCAAUGCCACUGCGUCGAGUCCGUCAUCACCCUCGAGCUCAACAGCUAGUACAGAUGGCUCUACUAGCGGCAAGAGAGGUUUAUCUUACAAUGAUGCUUCCUUGACAAACGCCUUCGCGGGGAAGGGUAUCAGCUGGGCAUACAACUGGGGAUCUGGACCCGAUGGCGCCAUAGUCUCAGGAGCCGAGUAUGUGCCAAUGCUGUGGGGCUCCAGCUCGGUUUCAGGAUGGUCCAGCGCUGUCCAGUCUGCUAUUUCCAGCGGAUCCGAGCACGUUCUCUCCUUCAAUGAGCCUGAUCUAUCAAGCCAGUCGAACAUCGAUCCUUCCACUGCUGCCCAACUCCAUAUUGAAAAUGUUGCUCCUCUAUCUGGCCAAGUCUCGAUUGGUUCUCCAGCAGUGACCAAUGGUGCCGGUUCUAAUCCACCAAUGGGAACAACCUGGCUGCAGCAAUUCUUUGAUGCCUGUGCUGGACAGUGCAAUAUCGACUUUGUUACUUUCCACUGGUACGAUUCAGCCAGCAACGUCGACUAUUUCAAGUCACAUGUGCAGGAUGUCAUUGACACCGCCGCCAAGAAUGGCGUGAGCAAGGUCUGGCUGACUGAAUUCGGCGCGUCUGGCUCAGAUAGUGAUGUCGCGUCGUUCCUGAACGACGUUAUCCCAUGGCUGGACUCUCAGGCUGCCGUUGAACGCUACGCCUACUUCAUGUGCAGCGAUGGCCUCCUGGUCAGUGGAAACUCUAUCUCGUCUCCAAUUGGCGAGGCAUAUCUGUCAUAA